AUAUCAUGGAUCUAGCAGAUGCUCUUGAUAGUGAAAAUACACGAAGCAAUCAAAGCCUUCAGCAGGCUGGAGGACCAACAUGGCCUGGCCAACCCACUAACCCUUCCUGGCCUGGACAGCCUCAAAAUCCUACUUGGCCUGGGCAACCAAGUGGGCAACCAUACCAGCCCUGGCCUGGGCAACAGCCAAGCAUGCCAUCCUGGCCUAAUCAGCCAUACCAGCCAGCAUUGCCUGGACAACCCAGCCAACCCAGUGCACCAGGGUGGCCAGGACCAGUUCCCCCAACUGCCCCGCAAAAUGUGACAUUGACUGUCCCAUUAGACAUGCCUCUGCCUCAUGGAGUAUAUGACAAGCUGCUCAUUACCAUCAAGGGGGAGGCCAAGCCAGAUGCCAAAAAGUUUUCAAUAAAUCUGGCCAAAAAUAAAGACAUUGCCUUUCACUUUAACCCCCGCUUUGAUGAAAAUGGGAUUAAGGUGCUAGUUAGAAACACCAUGAUAAACAACGUGUGGGGUGUAGAGGAAAGAACAGCUCCCUCAUUCCCUUUCGUUCCAGGAAAGCCUUUUGAGGUGAAGAUCUUGUGUACUCCAAAUGAAUAUAAAGUGGCUGUGAACAUGGCUCACCUGCUUGAUUACAAACAUCGACUUCGUGAGCUCAAUCAGAUUAACCAUCUCACUGUCUUCGAUGAUGUCAAAAUUACAUCUGUACAUUUAGACUCCCUCCCCUGAGGGGGAAUUUUGAAUAUUAUGAUGGCCACUUGUAGGAAUUGUAGGGUUCUUUUUUUUUCUUAGCUGUAUAUCCUAAGUAUGUGUGGUCAUGUUUCCUGUGCCUGCCUGUUUGUAUUAGGUAAAAAAAAAAAAAAACAUUCUUGUAUGCCUGUAAUUUUAUGAUUACAUAAAGUACCAUUCACUUCUUUGCCAGACUUUCCCUCUGGCAGCACAGCAAUGUUGUCUUGGUAUAUUCGCAACUUCUAGAUGUCUCUGUUAAUCAACUCUGUUAAUGUUGCACAUUUUAAUGAUCUAACUAUCACCAAAGAUUAUUCUGCAUUUGACUACUGCAUUUUCUGAUUUCUGAAUUGAUAAUUGAAGUAACUCUGUAGAAUGGUAAAAUUACUAUGUUAUAGUACAACUGUGCAGAUUGAACUCAGAAGACCAACCAUAAGCCACAGGCAGGUGGCCAUCAUUCAAAUUUGAGGCUAUCGUCAUUGAAUGACGUGUUAGUCAGUGAAGACUUCUGUUGCUGUAUACUAAUAUCAGGUAUCAUAUGGUACUUAGCUGGAUGAUGCAAACUGUACAUGCACAAACAUUAAACACAAUUAUGUAUUGUGACAGUGUGUCAGGUGAGACAAAAAUGAAAUGGCCCACAAGCUAUCUUUAUCCAUCCUAGUCUUGAGACUAAUUAAUGACACAUAUGGUAUUAUCCAUCGUAUGUCUGGAAAGGAACUUCAACAAAUUAGAAAUUAAAUGAAUUUUUCUUUUUUUUCCUGGCCUUCACUUACAUUACAUUUGGUAUUCAUAGACAUACAAGUAGCCUAAACUGGAAGGACUGUAGGUAAUGGAGUUAUAAAAUACCUAACAUUCAGGAGAAAUUCUGCAGUUCAGGAAAUUAACUUUCUAUAAAUUCACAUCUCUCCCUUUUGUUCCCUGCGACAA